GUUUAUAACACAUUUGUAUCCUUAUAGAUAGGGAUCACAUACAAUGGCUGAAGCAAGCGACGAUGACUGCAUGUUCUAUACAAGUGAUGCACUAGACCAUGGCUUACUUCAUCUCCGCUUCAGCUUACAUGGCGACGCCGUGGAUGUUAAUGUGCUGGGGGCGCGUGUAGGUUAUGUGGAUGAACACGCACACACAGGCAAACACAGGAAUACACACACAGAUACACACACCACGACCUCUCUCGAACCCUUUGUGAUUCCCACACUCAACGUGUCUACGUUAGUUAUCAAUCUCGUAAACCUGGGCAAGGGCACGAAUAAAGCGCUUGCCGUGAGCAAUGACAAUAUAACCUUAAAUGGGAGUGAAUCUGUAACAGAUCAGAGUUGGGGCAUAGGUAGUGAGGGCAGCAGUAUGCAGUCUCUGGGGUGUAAUCGAAGGAAAGGCCGUAGAUUCAGUCAGGUCAGUAUUGGGAGCGUUGGCAGUGCGGGCGAGGCGGUAUACUCGGAUCUGAACACACAUGCGCACAUAUACAGUAACAACGCACGAAAUCGUAGCCAUAGUGUAUUAGCACAUAAUGAUAAAACACAGAUAGACAGUAGUAUGGCACAAGCGGAGUACCAUGCCGCACAGGUAGAUACAGCGGUUGUUGGGGGAGACCAGAGCGCAUCCGUUUGCGCAUCUACACAGCCUCACACGAAAGCUGCCGAAGAAGCAAAUGCUGGGGCAAGCACAACUGAUGCUCUCACACACGACCAGCUAGAUACAAGUGCAGGCAUAGAAGACCACAAAGCGCCGGGUGUCAGGCACAACACACACGCAGAUGCAGCCAAGCACGUAUCGGACUAUACGCUCACACGUAACUCCAGUAAGCUACAUGCUCACGAACAAACACCCAGCAGCAGUGGGGAGGGCACUGCCCGCGCUGCGGACCACGAUGGCAACGCAGCACAGAGACAGCAGGAGGCAAGGGGGAUGGAUAGUACAUCUUCCCAUCUGGAGUGCUCUUUCUGGGUGUGUGUGUUCCUGGACAGGAGCCCGGGGGAGCAGCCCAUGAGCACGUGCCAAAGCAUAUGCAGGCCUAUGGCUGUACCCGUGGCCGCACGCGAGCAUGGCUAUACCACGGGGUCGUCCCGCAGUAGGAAGCGCAGGGACAGUAUGGCGAGUGGGUCGAGCAGCAGGGGCACGGACAACUCGUUCAGUAGCUUACCACUGCACACACUAAUCCAGGGGGACGUAGACACGACCAACACCCACGCCCUGACGGUGAUGCUGCCUCAGCAGGGCUUGGCGAGCCACGCCAACGGCCUGCAGCGCAGGGAUAGCAUGUACAGCACGGGGAGUGGCGCCAGCGACACCCCCAGCGCACACGAAAGUCAUGAUCAUGCAGCGUACUACGGAUUCAGGAAUAACACGUCUACUACUACUACCACCACCACCACCACCACCACCACCUCGGCGCAUGACAUCAAUGUAUCCACAGAAUCGAUGCACACGCCACAACAUGGGCGAACGGGGGGCAAGCUCGAGGCAUACGGCUACACACACGCCGCCCGAAGUAGAUCGCACAGCCGGAACCCGCCUGCGUCUAAGUUUGGGGUUGGCGGGAAUGUGCCAAUGGAAGUUCGGUACGAGUAUAAGCCCACGUGGCAUUCGGUCAUCCGGUUGGAGUUGGGCAGUGAGAAGGAUACGCACGUGGUCAGUGGUAUGGGGAACAACGCAGACACUCACACGGGCAUAGGGAGGGGUGGGCAAAGGCUCAGUGGAUCGGACUGUGACGGUGCAUGUGAAGACCCACACAAGCACACACAGGCACGGAUUGGCAAACCCAGGCCAAAUGCAAAGCCCAGGGCCAAGGCUAAGGUCAAGGCAAACAGCCUGAAGGAAACCAAGUCAGCGUCUCUCGCACGCUCAGGCACCCCCCACACACGCACACGCGCACAGCUCAUACGCACACUCACACAGACAGGCACGACAACUAGCACACGCAAGGCGUCGGUGACGGUGGGCGGAGGUGGGGGCACACUACUGCGUGCGACCAACUCGUCACAAGACAUAGCGCACACACGGGACGCGCUGGAUCUGCUGUGGCUGCACGGGAUCAAGGUGGUUGCAGUGCUGAUGCGGAACUCACGUGCUGUAGGCCAGGUGGCUAUACCCGUUAAGAACCUCGCGGCUGGUGAUGCGUGGUUUGCGCUGGACCCAGUGAGUGCGAAGAACCUGCAUAUAGCCAAGCGAGGACGGCGCAAGCACACCCGCGCCAGGCUGGCGACCAGGCUGUUUGCUAGAGAGGGAGAUAGCCAUGCACGGACGCCGGAUGGGUACGGGGAUACCGGCCAGGGCGGGGGUCCCCAUAGGGAUGGGUGGAUGGAGAAUCCGGGAAGUGGGAGUAUGCUGAGAGCGGAGGACCACUCGCCCAGGGCAAGGCGAUGGUGCGACUCUGUGGGGUGCUGUGGGUUCAUUGGACGGUGGUGGGACCGGCGGGCACACGUACGGGAGAAAGGCCGCCAGACACAGUUAGACGAGGGGGAUGCAGGCAAAGUCCGCAACCCCAAUCGGGGUCGCAAAGUCGCUAGUUUCCGCACCCUGUGGCUGACCAACACCUUCCUGGCCCUGUUCAGCGUGUUGGUGGUGACCACCCUGCUCAUGUCCAAAUACGCGCUGCAGGAGCUCGAGAUGGGCGCGCGCACGGUGUCGGAGCAGCUGUGGAUUAACAUUGACACCAAUCUAUUGACCGAGUUUUCAUUCCCGGAGCAGACUACGGUGCUGAGCGGUUCCUAUUUCCUCGUGCCGCAGGUGGCGCUGGACAAUGCCGUCCUAAUCACGAACUUCUUGGUAGCGGUAGAGAAGGAGGUGCUGUCUCUGCCCACGGUCAAUGUGAGUACUCUGUUUGUAGGCAGCCCAUUGAACACCUUCUACGGGGCGGGGUUUACAGUACACGACGGUACGGUUCGAAGGCAAGCUCUGGUGCAAGAUAGCACCCAGACAGGCGUCAGGGGCUAUGCUGUAGACGAGGAGUGCGAAGCCCUGGAGGAGACUCACGGGUGUUCUGUGUACGACAAUAGUGAGAUGCUCCUGUACAUCCCUUUCCUCAACGUUACCGAACGGCCCUGGUACACGGAUGUAGACAACGCGCUGGGUCUAUCUUGGACGCCAGUGUAUCCCUAUGCGGCCGGCAACCUGGGUAUCACCUGCUCGUAUAGGGUGCCUCAAGACCUCGACACAGCAACAAAGGCGGUGGUCGCGGCAGAUGUCCUCCUGGAUGAUCUGUCGGCCGUGUUGGCGUCGUUCAAGUACUUCGACUCGGGCUACAGCGUGCUGUUUGAGAUGGAGAAUGGACUGUUGGUAGCUAGCUCGCUGACUACACCGGGCACAGAUGGUUUUGCCGUGACAGAAACACGCACCUGCCUGUCCGCGUUCGAAUGGGACUCGGAGGAUGCUACUGUACUCGACCGGAAACGGUUGUAUCUAAGCGAGGACGCACGCUUGAAAGCCCUGUCGGACUUUCUGGUGGAUCUGUGCAACACCGAGUGUGUGUGCUACUUGCAAUUUACGGAGGUUCCGCCAGUCACCUACAAUUGCCCGUUACCCCAUAUGUAUGGGUACGCAAACUGUGCGGGCCAACCCGCAAACAGCACCUAUGCGUGCCAACCCACCCCCCCACUCAACCCCAGAUGCACCAACAGCACCCCGUCGUUCAACGAGGGUAUCCCGCACCAGUACACACUGCCCAACGAGGACAUUCUGAGUAUAGGACUGGUACAGCUGGUCAACGGCGGGUUUGUGAGCGCGGUCAUAGUGCCACGCAGUGACUUCACAGGUGCUUACAGCAGAGUGCUGCGAUGGACUGCUGCGGUGGCUGUGUGCAUUCUCCUUCUGAGUAUGGUGUUUGCGUUGGUGGUGGUCGAUCAGGUGACCAAGGAGUUCGCUGUAUGCACCAAGCAGCUGGCUCGGUUCGCCACUCUGGACUUCUCCCGGCCCGUUACCCAGAACUCGGGGGCCGGGGUGAACAAUCCCAUCAAGGAGAUUGCGAUGGUGUACGAAGUCAUGCAGAGCCUGCGCCAUUCCCUGCGGUCGUUCAGCAAAUACGUGCCGCCGGAUGUGGUGCGUAUUCUGAUCCAUUCGGGGAUGGAAGCGACGCUGGGCGGGCAGCGGAAGAAGGUUAUAACCGUGUUUUUCUCGGAUAUAGUGGACUUUACCACCAUCAGCGAGAACCUGGAGAUCGAAGUGCUGAACCGAGUCUUGGGUGACUAUCUCCAGGAGAUGAGCAGUAUCAUUGCGCAGAAUGGGGGCACCGUGGACAAAUACAUCGGGGAUGCUAUCAUGGCUAUAUGGAAUGCGCCUGAGAUUGUAGUGGAUCACGCCGGGCGAUGCUGUGAGGCGGCGUUGCUGUGUCAAGCUGCGCUGCACGGAUUACGGCAGAGGUGGGAGAGGGAACGGCGCGAGAACAGGUUGAUUGACCAUGCACGCGCGUGUACGUGUGAAUCGAUUCAGAUCACUGUAUGUAGCGGAAACGAUACGUGUAUGUGUGGGGGCUCUGCAUGCGCGCAGGUAGAUACUGACCCAAACAAGCCAGACGAUACCUCUGACGGUGGGGAUACUCAUGUAGACGCGAGUGUUACAGUUAAUAAACUAUGCCGCCGGGCCGACGGGGGUGCAUCGGGCAAGGCUAAACUACUUGAACGCAGGGGUGUGGAAGGAAUUGAAGGCGAGAUAGCCGUUGUGGGCGAAACAGGCUCAAACAGCGAAUCAGAGGAAGACGACAGACGUGAUGGAGAUGACGAAGAAGCAGAUCCGGAUGUGGAUUUUAAUGUAGAUACAAGAACGAAUGAGGAUAUAGCCACCCAGAAGGACGCGAUGGAAAGCGGUACACCAAUAGCGGGACCAGGGCGGAAGGGACUUAAAUGCCGCUGUGGGGCGAAGCCCAGAGGCACAAGUCAAAGGGGGAAGUCGUGCGUGCUGCCACAACUGUAUCAGAGAAUCGGGAUACACACAGGACCAGCCGUUGUGGGGAAUUUCGGGUCGCAAAACCGGUUACAGUACACAGCCAUAGGCAACACCGUGAACGUGGGCGAGCAUCUCGAGGGUCUGAACAAGAAGUACGGUACCGAGAUCCUCAUAAGUGGUGAGACGUACGCGCUGGUGUGUAGCAGAUUUGUGUGUAGGCCUAUAGACGAUGUGUACUACACGGACACGAGCGGCUUAGUGCGGGUGUAUGAGCUCAUAGCGCACAGAGGCACCGCCACACUCCAGCAGGUGAUGAAGGCGGAUAUGUACACGCGUGCGUUCGAAGCUCUGUUUGACCACAGUGACUUGGAGGGUGCGGCGGAGCUGUUUAGGCAGUACUGUGACUUGUACUGUCCUUCACCAAGGUAUGGGAAGUCGUUCGGCAGCGAAUCAGAUGUGGCAUUGCAACAUUUAGAGACGUGCAAAGCUCUGAUGGGGACGUCGGGAGUCAUAGUGGACCAGAUUCUGCAUCUGGAUUGAUAGUGUGUAGCAACGAAUAGGAAUCUGCCUCGACUUAUGAACGAUUUCGGAGUAUGUACUAAAUAGAUAGCAAUUGCAAGAAGCGCGCAAGUUUGCAAUAUGCUCAUACUCAAUCGUGUGUCCCUUUCCAAACAACUGAUGCUUUGGUCUGUUGGGAGUCUCCAGUAUAUAUUACACCUGUACCAUGUUUCAAAUGCACAUAUAUAGCUGUUCAACGCGGCAAACGUUAAUAUUAAAAUCUCAGAAGCCCACCAGUAGGUAAUAUUGAAUAGGUUGUUAUGGUUACAGUCGAUAGCGGUGAGGUCGCAUUGACAACUUGUCAUAACCGGCUCUUUCAAUAGAAAACUUGAAUAUACAUCCAAAUAAAAAAAU